AUGCUUGAUAAAUUGGAAAUCUCUAUGCCAUUUGUUGAAGUUGUGACUCAGAUACCCUCAUAUAAGAAAUUCUUGAAGAACAUCUUAGGGAACAAUAAUAAACCAGAAAAGAGUGUAGUUGUGGAUUUGAGUGAGGGAGUUUUGACAUGUGCAGUGCUUCAACAGAAGUUGCCUCCCAAGUUAAAAGAUCAUGGUAGUUUUGAUAUCUCGUGCAUUAUCGGUGGAUUCGUGGUAGGAGGUGCUUUAUGUGACCUAGGGGCAAGUUUCAGUCUGAUGCCUUAUUCUAUGUGCAAGAGGCUCAAUCUUGGUGAGCCCAAACCUACCACCAUGACUCUCGAGAUGGCAGACCGUUUUGUGAAGCGCCCGGUGGGAGUCCUUGAGGAUAUCCAGUAA